CGUACGCGGGCGGGGCGCAGGGCGCGCGAAGGGCGAACAGGGGUCAUACGAGGCCGCAGAGGGCGGAACAUGUUGAUCGCGGGAAAACGAGCGAAAACGGACGGCAAAAGCGUAUGAGCGGUUUGUGGGCCGUCUAUUUGGACUCCUCUAACGCUCGGGUGCGGUCCGUCCCCCAGCAGCCACCGGCUUGCUUCCUCCAGCCUGCUCGCCGUCUUCCUCCUCGCCGUUGACGACGCCCUCCCGCACAGCGUCCGAGGCCAUCUCCCCCACCCUCGCCCAUCCUCCAGAACCGCCCAUCGGCGAGCGCGGCGCGUCCGUACCGGGUCUUGACCCAUCCCAUCACUGUCAUCUGAGGAGUCCUAUGGAACUCCCGACAUCGCAGGUGCGAGCGUACAACGAACAUACUAGUCGUCCGUGGUCGCCUCAAGGCCGGCCGACCGUGAACACCGCGGGCCUUCCCCACCCCGCCUCAUCCGCCCCAUCUGUCGAGACCAGCCCACACCCGUCCUCGGUCUCACACUCUGCACACGCCUCUCCUUGGCUUCAGCACAUCUCUCUUUCCGCCUCCAAUCAGCCGCCCUCUGUACCGUCGAUGUUGCAGCAUUCUGUCCCUCCGCCGCCCCAUCCUGGCGAUACCUCGGUGCAGCACGGUUCGGUGUCGAACAUGCCCAAUCACGACUGGGGGAACAUGUUUUCUUCACCUCUCGAUCCCUCUACAUUCCAUGCCCUAGCGGCAUCAGGCGUCCUGCCGCCCGCCAACGGAGGUGUGCCGUCCAGCCUUCCCGCGCGCUCUGUACGUUCGCCGAAUGAAUUCUCGGCUAAUGUUCGCAUCCCACCUCUCAAUACGAAGGACAUUGGCCGGCCUGGCGCCGGUCAAGGUUUGCCAGGGCACUGGUCGAAUGCGCCAUCUCCGUACUCUUCCACGCCCUCAACAUCUCAGAGAGCUUCGCCACAACAUUUCAGGCCAGGGUCGGGUAGCCAGCCCUAUGGUAAGCGCAGAUCCCCCGUAAACGGACUGCCUCAGUAUGGACCCAUCGCCAUGCCUCCGUCGGGCUCCUCGAUGGCAAACUCGCACCCCUACGAGAAUCACAGGAUUCAGGACGGCCGUGAUGGCGGGCCCCACAGCCGGCGUAGCUCGCUCAGCCAUCAGCUCAACGGCCCCGGCCUCCCUGGCCCGCCUGGUCACUACGACAUCCCGCUCGGUCCCAUGAACGACGGGCACCUCGACACGUUCUCCGCCUCCUUCCCAUCCGCACCGUCGUCACUCGAUUUCGGCGGGAGCGUACACCACUCGAACGAGCGCUCUAAUGCCUCGCUGCCGCCCUCCCUCUGGAUGUCCCCCGCAUCGGUGCCCUCAUCCAUUCCCUCAUCUUCUCUGCACCUCACGGGUCCCUCCUACCCGCCGCUCACCCAGAUCACCGUCCCACGGCACGGAUCAAUCUCCGACUCCCUCGGCGGUUCUACGCAGAGCCCGACGAGCCUCUCGUUCUACGGCGACUCUGCAAAGUCCUCAGCACCGACGUCUGCGAGCAGUCCCAAGGCGAAGAUGCUGUCAGAUCUGUUCACCGACGACUUCUUCCCGCACGCAUCCCCGCUCGAAACCGCACGCCCACAGAAUUUCCCGUCUCCCCGCCUGUCUGGCUCACCAGACUUGAAGGCGGCAGAGCUCGCCGCCGGCGAGACGGAUCCCGAGAUACUGCAGAGGGACGAUCCGCUCGCGACCCAAGUUUGGAAGAUGUAUGCGCGGACGAAGGCGACGCUGCCACACGCACAGCGCAUGGAGAACAUCACUUGGCGAAUGAUGGCGCUAGCGUUGAAGAAGAAGAAGGAGGACGAGGAGAGAAUAGCGCGGGGAGAGCAGCCGCUCAACGAGGGACUGAACGUUGACGGAAGCAACGUGGAUAUAGACAAGGUUCAAGAGGAGGCAGAAGAACGAGGGAGGCCGGUUGACAAGGGCACGACGCGGGUCAAGGUCGUCGGCUUUGAUGGCGCCAACCAGGACGGCAUUGACGAUAAUGACGAUGUUGUGCCUAUGGACUGGCGAGCCAUGAGCAGGUCGCGCUCUCGAGUGCCCAUGGACUGGCGGCCUGCCAGCCGGUCGAGGUCAAGGCCUCCCAUGAUGGGCAUUCAAUCGGCUGAUCAGAGCGCCAUCAAGUUCCCGACAGGGUCUCCUCACAAGGGCUCUUCAUCGUCUACAAUACCAAUCCCGGGCGCUUCAUCAUCGCGCCUAGGGAUCUCCGCAGUGCUGGAAACCAGCGAGCCUGACCCAACACCCUCGUUCUCAGCUACCGACAGUCCGCCCGCGCAUCCCUCCUCGCUCCCAGCGAGCGGACUGCUGUCGCGAAUAUCUGCCUCAGGUGCCGCAUCGCCGGAGCACCGUGCGUUCCCGAAGCACGUGCGCAAGACGAGCUUCGACCAUACCGUCGCGCGAGAAGGCAUCUUCAACGGGGUAAGUGGUCGCCAUCAGGUCAACGGAAAGCCACUGUCCCCUGAGUCUCUUCUUGGCUUGAAGCGCCGCGCAGAAGGGCCCCAUGCAGAGAGCAUGCUUCGCGGCGACCAGGUCAACGUGCUCCCACAUCCAGAUCGCAUCGACGCACAUGAGCCUGAACUGUUCCGGCGCAACAGCCCUCCGUUCCCUUCGUCUUCGUUCAGUUUCAACUUCCCCUCCUCAUAUGAUACCUCCUAUGAUAUGUUUGGCGCAACCCAUACCCUACCGCCCCCAAAUAUCCCAGCGUCUUUGCCACCACUCAAGGGUAUCCGCUCUCCCGACCUGUCCUUCCACGAUCCUCUGCGUGUGUCCAUCCCUAGUGGUUUCUCACCUGCCGUUGGCCCAGGCGGUGAAGGUCUUUCCGCGCCCGCUCUUGCUGCCUCCCACGCUGUGGCGGAAGGCUUCGCCCAAUUAAACCACACCAGCUUCGGGGCUAUCGAGGACUCGUCUCUUGAUUACAACCACCUUGCAGGCAUGAUGUACCCUGGCCUUGAUAAUGGCCUCGCCGUCGGGCCCUACACCCACGUCGAUCCUCACCAGAUUCUCCCUCUUGACACAGACGGUGGCUUCCAGAGCUUCCAUCCUAGUCCGUCGAGUGAUGGCUGGGGCAACGGUGUGAACUCGAGCUCGAAUGCUUCUCCAGAACCCUACAACCACUCGAACGCCUCGACGCCGCCGUCCGCAGAUCAUCAGGGUCAGCGCAACCAACCCCGGAAGAUCGCCUCGUCGAAGCGAGUACAAGACUCCGCACGUAAUGGUAAUCGGAAGAAUAGUCCUGAGGUCGGGCGCAAUGGGAACGGCGAGGAGGAUGCGAACCCGACUGUGUGCACCAAUUGCCAGACGACGAAUACGCCUUUGUGGAGAAGAGAUCCUGAGGGACAGCCGCUAUGCAACGCAUGCGGCCUAUUCUUUAAACUGCAUGGUGUGGUUCGACCGUUAUCGCUUAAGACAGACGUGAUUAAGAAGCGGAACCGCGCUUCGGGGACGCCACACGGAGCGUCGCGCAAGGGCUCUGCUGGGCUGCCGAAGAUUACGUCCUCAGCCAGUCGACCGCGUGCUGCGACCACGAGCUCGAUGCCGAUGGGCCUGCAUGGCUCUCGACUGUCGCCCACCGCUCGGAUUGGUGCCGGCGCCGCGAACAACAUGUCUAUGAAGCGGCAGAGACGGACUUCCACGAGCGUAGCAAUGCAGGCGUCGUCUGGUCGCAAGCCAGGCGAUGAGGGCAUUGGUGCGUAGUACUGUAUUAUAAUGUGUGUCGGAAGUCGUCUCUGCCAUCCCUCUUUCAUCUCUGACGUGGUGUGAUGCCUAUGCUUGUAUCUUCCGCUUAGAUCUUGUAGCAGUCCGCUCCGAGCUCUGAUUGCCUUUGAUUAUCCGUCGUCCUUACCAUGCUUCCUGUUGUCACGAGGGUAUGUCAAUGUGUGUACGAUCGCCAGUAGAGUCCAUAGAUUAUUGUUUCACCAGAGCUCGACCACUCGGAUCCUGUCUUUGUGCAAUCGAUGAAACGUGUAUUGCCUAACAUCGCUCUCUUGCUGUGUACAUAUAUGCUUUGAGUUGAGCUUCGCUGUAUAACAGUCUGCCUUUCAAUGAUGAUCCCUGACACGACGAAUCACG